AUGUUAGCGAUGCGUCGCGAAAGUGAACCCAUCUGCGGUAGUGCGUCGGCCACCAGUAGCCACCUGCUGCAUCAUCACCACCACCAUCACCACCAUCUGCACCACGGCAGCGGUCACGGGAAUGGUGUGAGUGAUCCGUCGAUCGACACGUCGGUCGAAAGUCCGUCCGAGAACGGAACGAUCGGUGGGCCGCUUCAGGAGCACCCGACGGCCGGCUUCACCCAGACCCAUCACCAGCUGCAUCACCAGCUGGGCCACGAGCACGAACCGCAUCACGGAGGUUUUCCGGUGGGUUUGAGCAACGGGAACGGAACCGCCGCCGGGCCGUAUCCCGGGUUCAGCAGCUUCGCCGCCGGAUUGACAGGAGGCAUCCACUGUGGUACCACGGGGGGGACUCCCCGAGGGACACCUGCGACCAGCCUCGACGAGUACGUCGAUAUCCUGCAGGUCCAGCAACUGCUGCUGGAGAACUCUUCGACCGUGGCUAGCCAAACCACCGCUUCUCCCACAGCCACCACCUCCACCACCUCCUCCGCCACCGCCACAAGUACCGCACCCUCCAGUUUAACGUCCUCUUCCGCCCAAAACACCACACCCGUUCCUUCGUCGUCCGUGGUUGGCAGUACGUCCGGUCUGUUUAACACCAAAAGUCGACCGAAAGUUAACCUCCAGAAGGCGGCCGACUUCCAGGCGGCAGCGACCCAGCUUCAAGAAUUCUAG